GACCCGGGAGGAAUUACCUUGACUGCCUGCGUGGCUUACUGCUGUGAUGUAGAGCGCAGGCAGUCCGGAGGGCAGCUAUGAGCCUGAAUUGAUGUGAGACACGUCAGCUGUGCGGAAGUGAGCAUGGUCUGCCCAGUGUCUAUAAGGAAACCAGAGCAAUUUCUUUGUGCUUUCUGAACCUGGAGUAAAGCAAUGGUAGAGCAGAUCAUCACUAGAGAUCCAUUAGCAGCAGAUCUGAAAUGCAGCCUCUUUGUGUCUGCUCUCAGAAGCUACAAGAGGGACUCCGUUUUGAGACCGUUUCCUACUUUCUAUGCCAGUGACCAAUACAAAGAUUUUGAUGCCUUGAUUGCCGACACAAAUGUCUUACCCAGCCUUCAGGAAUUCAUCCAAAGCAAUUCCAAGUUAGACCAGAAACUCCUCAGUCUGCUGAACUGGAUUCUGUCAGAGAAGCUUUUCACCAUCAAAUGCCUUAAAAAGGAAAAGUUUGAGAACAUCCAGGCCUUGCCAGGCUCUCCCAGUCUUGCUCUGCCAACUCCUGACUUCCUGUUUGAAAUAGAAUACUGCGAGAAGCUGAAUACCAAAUUCCAGGAGACCCGUGGGGAGAUGGAUGUGAUGUAUGCCCUGCACGGCAGCCGUCUGGAGAACUUCCAUUCCAUUCUGCACAAUGGCUUGCACUGCCAUCUUAACAAGACAUCUUUAUUUGGGGAAGGCACUUACUUAACCAGCGACCUCAGCCUAGCUCUCCUUUACAGCCCGCAUGGACACGGAUGGGCUCAUAGCAUAUUGGGACCAAUCCUUAGCUGUGUGGCCAUGUGUGAAGUCAUUGAUCAUCCCGAUGUUAAGUGCCAAGUCAAGAAAAAAGACUCCUCUGAAAUAGAUCGCAAGCGAGCGAGAGCACGGAACAGCGAAGGGGGUGACGUUCCAGAGAAGUACUUUGUGGUGACCAAUAAUGAGUUGUUGCGAGUAAAAUAUCUUCUGGUAUAUUCUCAGGAACAACCACAGAGGAGGUCCAAGCAGCCAUCUUGGUUCUCAAGCCAUCGGUUUGCUAUCUUAAUGACGCUGUACCUUUUUGUACUGAUCCUUAUUGGGUUAAGCAGUUCUAAGACAUUUAUGCAUCACUGGAACAGACUGUUAAGCUGAAGCCUUGGUCUCUUGCUGUCUACAAACUGCACCAGAAGCCUUAACUAUGUACUUUUACCACAGCCGUUCAGACUUUACCCUUUGAGUUGACCAAGCAUAAAGGCAUUCCAGCUUUUUACAGACUCUGAAUUCCUGAGCGGCAUGGACAAAGCCGCAACAUUAUUUUUUUUUUUUAAUUCUUCAGAAUUAUGAUGCCACUAAGCAAUACAAGAAAUCCUGAAGAGGAUUCAUAAAGGAGAAGUCAUGAAAAUCAGCACCUUAACUGAGACCUGGCAAAGAAGGAUAAAUGUGAAGAAUCUUUUGUUAAAUGGGCACUCUCAUUAAAACUUAUUUUUGCUAUUGCACUCUUUAUGGUAAAUAAAAAAUAUUUCGAACAUACUUUGUU